ACAAAAAUGUAAUUAGUUGCCUAAUUAAUUAAUCAGCAUUUUUGGGAAAAAUCAAAAUGGCACCUGUGUAACGUUAUAUCUGUACCCCAGGAAAACAGGAAGUGACAGACUUCAAAUUAAAGGUUCCUAGAAAUUUUGAUCAACUUUAAAAAGUAAAUUAUGAACUACAAAAGCACUUCAGUAUAAUUUCAAGCAUUGGAACAAAUCUGAAUUUAAAUGCUUCACAGCACAUUUUCAUUUAAUUGUUUGCCAGAUGAUGAGAGGCGUUUUGUCUCGGUUUUCCUCGCGGGUCGUACUCAGACUGCGUAUCUGUGUCUGUUUAGAGUUUCGGCGGCUGAUGCUGUGGAGCCGUCGGCUCUAUGAACGCCUUCAGAUCUCAGUGUUUGGACUCUGCUGCCCAGGGGAAAGUAAAAGGGCAGAGCUGCUCUGAGCAACCAGAGGGAAUGGCACAACUGUCGCUGCAGGAACGCAGGAUGACUCCUGCUGAUGUACAUGUUUCACAGCUGCUUACAGGAACAGAAGUGGAAAUUAUUGGAAAUUAUGAAUCACUGUGCAUGACGGGUAACAAAGCGUCGCAGGACUCAGAGGGCUGCUUGCAUCGCCUGAAAUGUCAAAGUGUCGCCUUACAGGGAGCUCAUAUUUUUAGCUUGGGCGGGCGGUUCUGCAGGCUCAGAGUUUAGUGUCUGGCCCACGUCCCAUGGAGAUCUGAAUCUGGAGCCUUCAGUGUCCUCACACCUAUUUUUAAAGGGGGGUAGGUGGAGUUUCCCGUCUCUCUUGCUCCCAGACUGAGUUUGGGUCACAGCGGUUGGGUGUUGCCACUCUGGUCUCCUGCUGGUACCCCAACGCUCCUCCGACCGAACCUGCACAUUUACGUUUCCCAAAACGUCCCCAAUGGAUCAGCACAAGCUGCACUCGGCAGGCGUCCAGGAGAAGCUGGAGAUCAUCGGGGUGGAGGACGAGGCCGGCAACCCCAUCAGCGCCCUCACCAUCCUGUCUCUGCUGGAGCGCGUGGCCGGCAUCAUCGACAACGUCCAGUCCUGCCAGCAGCGCAUGGAGGAGCGUCAGCUGGAGCUGGAGAACAACAUCAAGACCAUCCAGGGCGACGUCCUGAAGCUGGCCAAAGACCACAGCGACACCAGCGGCACCGUGGAGAAGCUCCUGCAGAAGACCCGCAAGGUGAGCGCCAACGUCAAGGAGGUCCGCACGCGCGUGGAGAAGCAGAACGUCCGAGUCAAGAAGGUGGAAACGACGCAGGACGAGCUGCUGACGCGCAACAAGUUCAGAGUGGUCAUCUACCAGGGUGAGACGGAGGUCCCAUCCGUGGCUGUCACCAAAUCUCCCCAAGGACUUGGGCUGGAAGGCCUGGAGAUUGAGCCGGAUGCCUACGACAUCCCCGCCGACCUCUCCUCCGACGAAGAGUACCUGAGAGACGAGGAGCCGGAUCCGUCUCGAGCCGCUCGACUCAAGAAGUCCAUGGUGAAGAGCACGGAGACCCUGAAGGCCGCCUUCUCCAAGGAGAACAUGAGCAAAACCAAAGACAACCUGGGCACCAAGUUCCACAACCUGGGCGAGAAGGUGAUGCCGCCGGAGAGGAGGGAGAAGAUGCACCAGGCGGGGGAACGGCUGAAGCAGUCCGGCGAGCGACUGAAGGAGAACAUCGCCAAGAAAGCCCCCACCAAAGAGACCUUCCGCAUCAAGCUGAAGAAAGAGCGGGCCGUCGCCGAGGGCCAGGAGGGGGCGGAGGGCGAGGGCGAGCCGGCCAAGGAGGAGAGCGCCGCGGAAACAAAGAGGGAGGGGCCGGUGGAGGAGGCCGGCGCCACCCGGGUGUCAGAAUAACGACCCGAGAACCAGGAACUGGGACACUGGAGGAACGAGGGCUGAGAUGUUAGAUGAUUGUCUCAAUUAAUAAAAUGACUACGGUCUAAAUCUUGA